AUGGAGAAGACGGAGCGAUUACUCAGACGUCAAUUUCAAGUUUUUGCUCAACGAACAAUAAAAGACAGUGUUGUAGUUGUCGGCAAUUAUUUAGAAAGAUCCAAGCGAAGGCGCGUCCGCUAUAUCUAUCUAUCUAUCUAUCUAUCUAUCUAUCUAUCUAUCUAUCUAUCUCAGUCUGUGCAUAUCUAUCUAUCUAUCUAUCUAUCUAUAAUAUAUGGGCAUGGACUGGUCUAUGACUCUCAUUAUGUUAAGAUAAGUUCUGUUUAUUCAUAUCUAUCUAUCCUUUUCUGUUUAUUCAUAUCUAUCUAUCUAUCUAUCUAUCUAUCUAUCUAUCUAUCUAUCUAUCCACAAUAUGUGGGCAUGGAGUGGUCUAUGCAUCUCAUUAUGUUAAGAUCUAUCUAUCUAUCUAUCUAUCUAUCUAUCUAUCUAUCUAUCUAUCUACAAUAUGUGGGCAUGGACUGGUCUAUGCAGCUCAUUAUGUUAAGAUCUAUCUAUCUAUCUAUCUAUCUAUCUAUCUAUCUAUCUAUAAUAUGUGGAUAUGCUCUUUUUGAAAUAUCUCUCUCUCUCUCUCUCUCUCUCUCUCUUUCUGUCUCUCAGUCUCUCUGUCUCUCACUCUCUCAAAAUCACUUUUCUGACAACCAUACGAACAGAGUCGCCUCAGUGUCUUCACGGCGUCUUGGUGCAAUAUCAACAACUGAAACAAGGGCAAUUCAUCAAUGUCACAAAUCUACGCCCACUGGAUUUACACCACACUCACAUGUAAUUCGAUUAUACCCCCCUCUCUCUCUCUCUCUCCUCUCUCAUUCACCCACUUUCUAUCUGUCUAUGCAUCUAUCUAUCUAUCUAUCUAUCUAUCUAUCUAUCUAUCUAUCUACUCAGUCAUGUUUUCUCAGGGUUUUUUUUUCACUCACAAUAUCUAUCUAUAUAUCUAUCUCUGCAAGUCAGUUAAUAUCUAUAUAUCUAUACUUACAUUCAAUAUCUAUCUAUCUAUCUAUCUAUCUAUCUAUCUAUCUAUCUAUCAAAGCCUGCUUAUAUUUAACUAGUUACCUAUCUAUCUCAUUCAUAUUCAAAACCUUAUUUACUAAAAUUUCAUUCUAUCUAUCUAUCUAUCUAUCUAUCUAUCUAUCUAUCUAUCUAUCUAUCUAUCUGUGUUCUUAUCUAUCUAUCUAUCUAUCUAUCUAUCUAUCUAUCUAUCUACCACUGUUCUUAUCUAUCUAUCUAUCUACCUAUCUAUCUAUCUAUCAUUAA